GCAGCAACAUGUAUUCCCCUCAGUGGCACCGAAGUGACCAACUGAAAGGGAAUUUUCAAUGUUUAUAACAUUAAUAUCCGUGAGGGCGGUAACGAGGUGCCCCUCUUCUUGGGUCUCACACAAUGGUUCAGCAACAUUCAGAAAAUGCUAAAUGCAGGUGUACGUUUGGUUUUUAUAGCACCGGAGGUUGGGCUGCGGUAAGCUACCCACCAAUAGAUUUAGAGAAUGAGAGGACGUAAAAAGACAGAUAUUAAGACAAACCCACUUGACAUUGGUUGUGCGCGCACGGAGCAGAAACUUUUGACUUCAUUACAAGGGUUUGUUUUCAUAAAUCGGGUUACCAGGUUGUCUCUAUGUUGUUAGAACAAUAAGCCUAACUUUGGUAUCUUCGUAAUCCAGGUUCCUAACGAAGGAGUAUAUUAUCAAUUUGGAUUUUAGUUUCGUUUAAUGAUGGAUUUUAGGAGUUUUGUACUACUACUUUUCGGUUUGGUCACGGUACUCGCGCAAACUGCCGCACCUGGCAUAUCGUGUGAGGCUUACAAUGGAACAAACUGUCAGGAAUGUCUGAGUAAUGUAACGUGCCUUUGGUGUCAGAAAACAAAGAUGUGCCUCACAUAUCCAGCACAGACCAUCCUUCCCUCCCAAGCUUUUUGUCCUCUAAAUGAAUCACGCUGGGGACUCUGCUGGAUGAACUUUCAGGCCUUGAUCAUCACCCUGUCGGUAGUGGGCGGAGCCAUCAUCAUUGCCUUCCUGGUCUGCCUCUUCUGCUGCUGCAAGUGUGAACGCAUUGGGUCUUAUAGGUUCAAUGCCAAGAUGGAGAGACAGACCAGUAAGACAAAGGAAAAACAGCAAGAGAGAAAAGCAGAGAUGAAGAUGAGACAUGAGGAAAUCCGAAAGAAAUAUGGUCUAUACGGGUCCAACCCGUACUCCAAAUUCUCCUGAGCUGGUACUUGAACACUGUUCGGUUGGCUUCCUGCUUCCUCACCCCUGACUUUCAACCAAUCCGACCCCUCUCCCCUGACAACUGUUGACCCUGGUGACAGAUCUAUGGUCAUAGAUGUUUUGUCUGUUUCGAUGGAAUAGAUUAAACUGCUGUGGGCUGAUUUAGUAUAUGUACCAUACUGUAGGUGUUGAAUGGAAUGAACCAAGUCUUCUGAGAAUGCUUAGUUGUGUUAAGACCAGUUCAACCCUGUUUGUAAGGGGUGUCUUGCAGAUCUGACACUGCAGUGCUGAGCAAUGGACUGGUGAAGUGGCCUCAGUACCUUUUAUUUUUUUAACACUAAUCUAUGAGUACUACUGUAUUUUAAACAAAUAUGAUGAUGAUGACGACGACACUUCAGGGUUACUGCUUAGUUAUAGAUCUUCCCUAAGCUGAAAAUGCACUCCAUAAAAUUGUAGAUUGUAUCUAUUUUCAUAUGCAGGAGUUGAAUGUGAGAUGGUUCCAGUGAUCAUUGGAAUUUUUGAUAAUAUUACAACAGUAUAAUAUUAUUUUAUAAUAAUAUUUUAAAUGGUCAGAAUUACAGAUUGAAAUAUAGCCCACCAUAUAGUAUAUAAAAUACAACAUGAUUAAUGUCUUAUUUAUUUUCAUUAGAUCUGCUACUUCAGUUACGGGAUGUAACUUAUCAGAGCCAAAUGAAUCAACUGUUUAUUGAUAUUAAGUUAUGUGUAAUAAACUACCCUCUGUACAUUAAAUACAUAUUAAGAUGCA